CGCCCGCGUAUUACCCACUGCACUAUGCCAAAGGAAUUCGACGUGAAAAAGUUCUUUAUCGACCUGGCCUCUGGAGGUACCGCUGCUGCCAUCUCCAAAACCGCAGUCGCACCCAUUGAGCGUGUGAAACUUCUUCUACAGGUCCAAGAUGCAUCAAGCACGAUCGCCGUCGACAAGCGCUACAAGGGCAUUGUUGAUGUUCUCGUUCGUGUCCCUAAAGAACAGGGUUUCACUGCUUUGUGGAGAGGAAACCUCGCUAACGUCAUCCGGUACUUCCCUACUCAGGCGUUGAAUUUCGCUUUCAAGGAUACGUACAAGAAAAUGUUCCUCGAGGGUCUUGAUAAAAAGAAGGAUUUCUGGAAAUUCUUUGCUGGAAACUUGGCGUCUGGUGGGGCUGCAGGAGCGACAUCGCUGUGCUUUGUGUACCCCCUUGAUUUUGCUCGUACCCGCCUUGCUGCUGACGUUGGAAAAGGGGCAAAUCGAGAGUUCAAAGGGCUGGUUGACUGCUUAAUCAAAGUUGCCAAGUCUGACGGACCCAUCGGAAUGUACCGUGGAUUCUUUGUAUCAGUGCAGGGUAUCAUAAUCUACCGUGCAGCUUAUUUUGGACUGUUCGAUACGGCUAAGAUUGUGUUGGCAACUGAUGGAAAUCUCAACUUCUUCAUAGCAUGGGCGAUUGCACAGGUUGUCACUGUUGGAUCUGGAAUCCUUUCAUAUCCUUGGGACACCGUUCGCCGACGUAUGAUGAUGCAGUCUGGCCGGAAAGAUGUGCUGUAUAAGAACACGCUUGAUUGUGCGAAGAAGAUUAUCCAGAACGAAGGGGUAGCAGCUAUGUUCAAGGGUGCCUUAUCCAAUGUUUUCCGUGGAACAGGAGGAGCCUUAGUGUUGGCCAUAUACGAUGAGAUCCAGAAGUUCCUGUAG